GACGACGACGACGAUCUUCCUAUAAAACUAGAUCGGCGGGAAAUCGAUUUUCAAAAUUCGCAGGAUUCGCUCGAGAUUCGUUAAAAUUCGCGAGUCUAGAAGCUAUUGUUCAUCAUCUUUGUCCCUUGAAUCGGAGAAAAAUGGAUUCGGAUUCCGUGAAAGAGUUCAUACGACGAGAAGUUCCGGAUUGGGACGAUGAGGUGGUGGCGAAGGCGAGAUUCAAGGCGUUUAGUGGACAGAGAUCCGAUUGGGAAAUUAAAUUUCGAUUUUGGCGGGAAUUGAUCCUCAAGGUUUCGCGUCAUUUCGGAGUGUUCAUUAUUGAUCCUGUACAGGUGAAGAAGGAGUGGUUUGAUAGAGGAGGGAUGACACCUUUAUGCAUUGAUCAUGUGUUGUUAUUGAUGCAUAGUGAAGGUGAUGUUGUGCGGAUAAGUGAACUUGAGAAUCAGGUUAGUGGGCGUAUAUCUCGUUUGUUGAGGACAGUGAGGAGUUUAGUGGUGGCUCAACCUUUAGUGAACCCGGGAGAGAUUCUUGAGAACCAACUUGUUAUUGUUCCACUCUUGAAGGAGAAGGCUGCUGAUGUGGUGAGACUUUUGUCUGAGGGACACUGGACUUCUACUUGUGUUGUCACUCUGAACAAGUUCCGGGAUUUGUGCAACGGUUCCAACGAGGCAUCUGCUGUUUUGAGUCACUUGUCAAGGUGUGGAAAAGCGCAUAAAAUCUCUAUUAAUCGGGGAGAAUUGAUUGAGGGUGUCAAAGUGUCCUUUUCAGAAGCAGCACUUCCCAGUAUUUCAACUUUAGACUGUGACGUUCUGCAUUUGUUAAGGACUACAGAGAAGCUCCAAAGUCAACUCGAAGUGAUGGACCAACGUUGUGAAAUGUCAAGGAAAUCGGCGUUGGCAUCUCUAAAGUCUGGACACAAGAAAGUUGCUCUAAGGCAUGCAAGGGAACUGAAGCUGACCACUGAGAGCAGAGAAAAAUGCACGUCACUUCUGAACAGAGUAGAGGAAGUGUUGAACACUAUAGCCGAUUCCGAAUCAACAAAAAUGGUCUCAGAAGCAAUCAAAACUGGAGCGAGGGUUAUGAAGGACAUCAAGAUCAGUCCAGAUGAAGUUCAUGACUAUUUGGAAGAGAUUGAGGAAACCAUUCAAUCACAGAAGGAAGUUGGAAAAGCUCUCGAAUCAGCUCCAUAUUCAGAUAUUGAUGAUGAAAAUAUUGAAGAAGAAUUCAUGAAAUUAGAGAUGGAACUUGAAAGCGAAAGUUCCCAGGUCAGACCAACGACUUCAGAUACUGCAGAUGCACUGACUGAGAUGUUCUCAGAGCUUAAACUUGGCAACACAAAACAAACAUUGGAGGAGCAAGAUACUGAACCAGUUCGGAUGAAAGAUGGCGGAAAAAAGAUUCUUGAAGCAGCAUAGUUGCACAGUGCAUCUUUAUUGUGGUGCGAUCUCUUCUCUACUUGUUGUACAAUAUAAAUAGAAAGGAACUUGGUAGAACCCAGGUCCAUAGUAUUUGUAAGGAAUGCACUUCGUUGGGAUUCAAGAAACUAAAGCUUCACUCUAAUGUAUAAAUCAGAUUUGUAUUUGUCAUCAGACGGACUAGUACUCGAGAUUAUUAUUAUUAUCCUAUAUGUUACAUGAACUA